CAUUGACUGUUUCUUAGGGUUCUUGAGUUCUUUGAAAUUUUCUUAGAUUCGCCAUGGCUAUGGAGGCGACGACGCAGGCGAUGAAGAGCUUGAAGCAGCGCCUAGGAGAGAUCGAGGCUCUGGGAGGAAUGGGCAAUCUCCUCUUCUGGGACAAGGAGGUAAUGCUCGCGGCGGGAGGCCAUGGCGCCAGGAAGAAGCAGAUGGAGACCCUCGCGCUCGUUGCCCACGAGCGCAGGACGAGCAAGGAGCUGGGGGAUUGCAUGGAUGCGCUCCACAAGCAUCCGGAUCUGCGGGCUGUGCUCUCGCCAAUGGAGGCCGCGACUGUGAGGGAGGCGAGGAGGGACUACACGCGCGCGACGAGAAUGCCGACGGAGCUAGAGGUGAGAUUGGCGGGUCUGCGAUCUUCCGGCUACGAUGCGUGGAGCAAGGCUCGCGAGACGAGCGAUUUCCAGAUCAUGGCACCGGCGCUCGAGGAAUGGCUGGAGGCUCUCAAGGAGGAGGCGGCAGCGGUGGCUCCGGAGAUGCGUCCCUACGACUACUGCCUGGACAAGUUCGAGAGGGGCGCCACGGUCGAGAAGAUCGACGCCAUGUUCUCGUCGAUCAAGCAGCCGCUCAUCGAUCUGCUGCGAAAGGUGGUGGCCGAGAACAAGAGCGUGGCAAUCCCAGGCUGGAGCGAGCUCAAGUUCCCGCUGGAUUCGCAGAAGAAGCUCGGCGAGAAGGUCGUCCGGGAGAUGGGAUUCAAGCUCGAAAAUGGCAGGCUGGACAACUUUGGCGGUCACCCCUCGACGACUUCCGUCUCCAGCCCGACCGAUGUGCGCCUCACCACUCGCUACCUCGAGGACAACUUGAUGUUUGGGAUUGGAGCGACGAUCCACGAGGCCGGGCAUGGAUUGUACGAGCAAGGCCGGGACUUGGAGGCCUCGGAGAACGGGCUCAUAGCCUCCGGGCCCCCGAGCUUGGGACUCCACGAAUCCCAGUCGCUGCUCUGGGAGAGAUCCGUGGGACUGAGCCGCGAGUUCUGGAGCCACUACUGGAGCCGCGGCGUCGUAGAGGCCUUUCCUGAGCUGGAGAGCUCGCUGGGGAGGAUCAGCCACGAGGAUUUCUACCGCCAGAUCAACGUGGUGAAGCCCGGCUUCCAGAUCAGAGUGGACACCGACGAGCUCUCGUAUCCGUUGCAUGUCCUGCUGCGCUACGAGAUCGAGAAGGGGCUGUUUGACGGCAGCUUGAGCGUCCAGGAGAUCCCGGGAGUUUGGAAGGCCAAGAUGGAGGAGUACGUUGGCGCUGCUCCAAAGGAUGAUGCCGAGGGGUGCUUGCAAGACGUGCACUGGGGGAUGGGAGCUUUUGGUUACUUCCCAACUUACGUGAUUGGAGCGAUCUAUGCGUACCAGAUCUUUGAUGCUGCGGACAGGGAUAUGGGUGGCGAGCUCCGGCAACAAGUUGGAGAGGGAAGGCUGUUGCCACUGAGAGAAUGGCUCCGGGAUAAGAUCCACAGCGUUGGGAGUGUGUAUGAGACUGCGGAGGAGCUGGUGGAGCUGGUCACUGGCAAGCCUAUGGAUACGGGGUUGUAUUUGGGCCAUCUUACCACCAAGUACGCGGACAUAUACUUGAACGAUGGCUAAAUGUCUAGUGUUUUCACUUAUAAAAUUUACAAUAAAUGAGAAUCUGUGGAUUGGAAGUA